AGCGGCAGUGGCGACACCGGCCCCGCCUCGCCCCCAUCCGCCAGCGCCGCCUCUCCGCGCCGCGCACGCCGGGAUUGGCCCUGCCCAGCGCCGCCGCUCCACGGGCCGCGGUCCCGCAGGCAAGAUGCAGGACCCAGAGAAAGACACCGAGUGGAAUGACAUCCUGCGCAAGAAAGGUAUCCUUCCUCCAAAGGAAAACCGAGAAGAGCAGGAGCGUGCAAAGGAAGAGGAGCAGUUUGAAAUCCUUCAGAAAUCUCUCGUGAAAACGUAUGAGGACAUGACUCUGGAGGAGCUAGAAGAAAACGAAGAUGAAUUUAAUGAGGAAGAUGAGAAAGCUAUCGAAAUGUACAGACAGCAAAGAUUAGCAGAAAUGAAAGCAGCUCAAAUGAAGAAUAAAUUUGGAGAAGUUCUGGAGAUUUCAGGAAAGGAUUAUGUUCAAGAGGUUACGAAAGCUGGGAAAGGUAUAUGGGUAGUCCUGCACCUCUACAAACAGGGAAUUCCACUCUGUGCCUUAAUAAACCAACAUUUAAGUGGACUUGCAAAAAAGUUCAGAGAUGUGAAAUUCAUCAAAGCUAUCUCUACCACCUGUAUACCCAACUAUCCCGAUAAGAAUCUGCCUACGAUAUUUGUCUACCUUGAAGGAGACAUCAGAGCUCAGUUCAUUGGGCCUUUGGUGUUUGGUGGCAUGAACUUGACGAGGGAUGAACUGGAGUGGAAGAUCUCAGAGUCAGGUGCCAUCAAGACAGACCUUGAGGAGAACCCCAGGAAACAGAUCCAGGACCAGCUCAUGUCCUCCAUAAGGGCAUGCGUCCAAACCAGGGGAGAGAGUGACUCAGAGGAUGACUAACUGCAUCAGCAUCAGGAUUGAUACAGUACACUUGCAGCCAGUGUUCCUGCCUAGAGGACUGGAGGUGCUCAUCAAGAUCUUCCUGAACCCCAGAAGUGGAGCAUUUCAAGACAGCCAUUUAUCUAGAAAUUUAAAGUCGGUGUUUUUUUUAUUCUGGUGAUGUGGGUAAUUUUCCUGAAAAAAAUUACUGCAGCUUCACUUGAGAUCAUGAAAGACUUUUUAUAUUACAAAGCCUCAGUAAAUCUUACUCCAAGUUUUAAAAUAUAGGUAUUGGUAGAUACAAAAA